AUUUCUGCAGGAGAAACACAGAGACAAGAGAGAAGCAGAGCAGAGGCGCCAAACGACCGCCGAGAAAGGGAAGCCGGGGUCAGAGAGAAUGGCGGCGGAGGUGAGCUCUAUCGCCAGGAUGCUGCGCGGGGAGGCGGUGAAGAGGGGCGUCGCUGGGCCCAAGUCGGAGAUGGUGACGAUGGACCUGCUUGGCGGUUGCGGCGGCGACAGCGCCGGCGGCAGCGGUGGAGACGACGAGGUCGUCGACCUCGAGGUGAAGGUGCCCGUCGGCUGGGAGAGACGGCUUGACCUACUGUCCGGCAAGACGUUCCUGACGCCUCACCGCCACCAGGCCGUCCAAGGCAGCCACCAGGACCUCAACCUGCCUCCCCCGUCCGCCGCGGCCACCACCACGACAAACUCCGCCGCGGUCUGCACCCUCGACAUGGUCCGCUCCGCCCUGGAGCGUGCUGCUGCCGUGCGGUCCGCCCCCUCGCCGGCCACUUCGUCGUCCUCCUCUGCCUCCACCUCCACUUCGUCCUCCUCCCUGGGCAAGCGCAACCGCUCUCCGCCGGCAGCCGCAACCACGGAGUCGCCCGUGAACCCGGCCAUGCUCGCGGCCGCGUGCCCAUCCUGCCUCACGUAUGUGCUCGUCGUCGAGGCCGACCCGCUGUGCCCCCGGUGCGAGGCUAGAGUGCCACCGCUCGCCAAGGCGUCCGGUGCCGACGGCAGCGGGAAGAAGCCCAAGAUCGACCUCAACUUUGCCGCCGAUGAGACCGAGUGAAAGGACAAAUAUGAAAAGAGAAUUCGAUUUUUUCUUUCUUUUUGGAAAAGUUUUUUCCAGCCAAUUUAUCUCUUGAUAAGUUUUUAGAAUAUUCACCAGAAACAAUUUACAUGUUCUACAGUAGAAAAUUAUCGUUGUAGGAUCGAAUCAGACAUGAAAGGUUCAUGUCUUCUGUCUGAUUUGUAGCUGCACAAACUAAUACCAGCAGGUUCAUGUCUUCUGUUCAUUCA